GGAGGUACACGCUGGGUUUCUUGGCCAUGGGGAACCGCUGUAGUAAUCAUCUUGGGAUCCCUCCCCCGAAGGGCCCCAGUGCUGUGGGAUGCACUGACUUCAUGAUGGACCACACUGCACAGGGCAGCUUCUUCCGGCUCUACUAUCCAUGCCAGGAGACGGAAAAAGCUGAAAAGCCAGACUGGGUUCCAAGCAGGGAGUACUUUAAUGGUCUGGCAGACUUCAUGAAAAUCAACAGGUCUCUCAGUGAACGGAUAUUCAACCACCUCUUUGGGUCCUUUAAGAUUCCAGCCUACUUGGAUGCUCCAUUCAAAUCAAAUGGCAAAUGCCCUGUUGUGAUCUUCUCUCAUGGCCUGGGAGCAUUUAGGACAUUGUAUUCAGCUAUAUGUGCAGAACUGGCCUCUCAUGGUUUCAUCGUGGCAUCCGUGGAACACAGAGAUCAGUCAUCAUCAGCCACAUAUUAUUUUCGUGAGAAGAGUGAUUCUGAAAAGGCGAGUAAGAAGGUACCUAAAACACGUGCCUCAGUCCAAGACAACCUAGCACAGGUUUGGAUGUACUACAGAGCUCUGCAGCAUGGAGAGAGUGAGUUCCCCCUCAGGAAUAAACAGGUGAAACAGAGGGCAGAUGAAUGCAUCCUGGCUCUGGACAAACUUACUAAAAUCAACUCAGGGACACCAGUGCAGAAUGUUUUACGAACUCAAUUUGACUGGACAACACUGGAGAACUCCAUGGACCUGUGUAGGAUAGCAGUAAUGGGACAUUCCUUUGGCGGAGCAACAGCGAUUGAAGCACUAUGCAAGGAAGUUAGGUUCAAAUGUGGUGUAGCACUGGAUGCCUGGAUGUUUCCUUUAGAUGACGAGAUCUUUCCUCGAGUGAAGCAACCGAUCUUCUUCAUCAACUCUGAAAAGUUCCAGUGGGCAGGAAACAUCAGCCGCAUGAGGAAGUUGGACUCGGCCGUCAUACAGAGGAAAAUGAUCACAAUCAGAGGUACAGUACACCAGAGUUUCCCAGACUUCACCUUCCUGACAGGCAACUGGAUUGGGAAGCUUAUGAAGCUAAAGGGAGAGAUCAACCCAGAGCUGGCCAUAGACCUCUCCAACAAAGCAACGCUAGCCUUCCUGCAGCGCCAUCUUGGUCUCGAAAAGAACUUUAAUCAGUGGGACCCUCUGAUUGAUGGAGAGGAUGAUAACCUUAUUCCAGGAACCAACGUGAUCAUGCUUCAGUCUGCCAUCUGAACGGACACACUGCCUAUGUAGGAAAAAACCUGAAACUACCCAGUGAUCGCACAACACAGAAGAAUCACUGGCACAUCAGGCCAGACCUACUUCCCAUAUUUGAAUUUAGAUGGAGUUAAUAUAAGGUUUUGGGGAGGUUACGACAGAGACAGCUCAUUUCUACCUCUAACAGCAGCUCAACACGUUUCACUAUUAGUGAAACUUUCAAUUACAAUACAGUUUCUUGAAGAAACUUUUAUCUUGUUUAAAAUAUAUUCAAAAGGCAAAUUAAAAAGAAAUCUACCAAUUAUUGUAUGUCUCUUUAAAAAAAACUUUCCAAAAGAGACAAGUCCUCUUGAUUGCAGUGAUCAUACAGUAAUAAUGACCUAAAAUAGAAUCCUAACCAACCAGUGGGCCAUAGAGGACUUAAUUACAGAUUGACUCUAGCAAUAUGCCUCAAUUCUGUAAGAAACAACACUAAAGGGUUGCAUUAAGAUGCCAUGUUAUUAUAGUAAUGUUCAUCCUGGUUCAAUGACAUGUAACAACCUUCAACUUUUAUACAGUAAGUGUCUAUGAUUUGUACACAACUGAAAUGCAAUAAAUCUGGUUUAUACAUGUU